AUUCAUUCAUAAGUAGACAAAUUUUCUUUGUGUACGGAUGUGUUUUUUCGACGGGGAGCGCCCAAACUGUGAUUGGAAUCUUUUUGCAAACCAAUUUUUGUGUGCGGUUCAAAGGCAUUAAAAAAGCGUUUUCUGUACAAUGUUUUGCUUCGAUUAAAAGUUAAAGCAAUGAUUCAAUGUUCAGUGCUGUUUGUGUGCUAAAGAUUGUGAGUUUUGAAGCAGUUUGAUAUUUUUCAUUGCUUGUGGGCAAAGAUAUAUGGGUGACAAACAAGAAGAAGCUGGCCUCUGUCAUCGAAAUGCACCGUAGUAGUGAAAAUGAAGUUUGAUCAAAAAGUCUGGAAAAAAGAGAAAAUAUUGGUUCGAGGUGUAUCUUAAGUUAUGGUGAUAAGAGCGUAUAUGUGGCUUGAAGUUGAAUCGAAUUACGGUUGAAAAAAGCAAAAGUAGAAAAAUGGUGUAAUAGGAGAGAGUGAAAAUAAAUUGCGCCACAGUUAGCUUUUGAUUAUAUAUGGUAUACAUACUUUGAUUGAAAAAAAAAAAAUUGAAGUUUGGAGAUCACGAAGAAUUACCAUUCGCUUCGGAACUGUGUUAUUUGUUUUUGCAAAAUGCUGAAAUGUUGUAGUUCACGCCCAUAAAGUCUCAUUCUUGUGUUGAAUCGAUUCAACCGGAAAGUGGAAUCUGCUGGGAGUAACUGGGCAACCCGGCCAAAGCCGCAGUUUACAGCGAAAAUACAAUACAAGAGCAGUAUAUGCUCGUUGCCAUAGUGCUCGGGCUCCAUCGUUCGUCGGCUACCGUGUGAUUGUGCAGUGCUAAUAUUUGAAUAGGAAACGGGCAGGAUAUAACUAUAUACCUACACCGACAGGCACAUUUUCUUUAUCGCUAAACCGAGGAGAAGCUCGCGGAACCGGCUUGCAAAAUGACCGACAAAGUGACCAAAUUUGAAAAGAUGGCAAUGACUAAGCCAGUUCCAAUGAAAUUGUUUGCUGCUUGGGAAGUGGAUCGCACACCGUCAAACUGCAUUCCAAGAUUAUGCUCUUUGACGAUAACACGACUUUCGCUGCUCACGCCACUGCCACCCGAUCUCAGCUCGCUAUCGUUGGCGGUCAAAAUGCAAAGCUCCAAGCGUACACUUCGUUCACAUGAAAUCCCAGUUUCACAGUCGCUGAGCACCGGCUACGGAAGCACCCAGGGUGGAGGCAGCCUCGCAUCUGGUACUACCGGUGUUACAGGUCAAAGCGGCCAGCUCAAUUCUCCGCCAUUGCUCGAAGCUGAGCUCGAUCUUCAUUUUAGCCUGCAAUAUCCUCACUUCAUAAAGCGCGACGGCAACAGACUGCUCAUUUUAUUGCAACGUCGUAAGAAGUAUAAAACUCGUACUAUCUUAGGUUAUAAAACACUGGCCGAAGGCGUGAUCCGGAUGGAUGCCGUAUUGCAAAAGUCUAUGGACAUGACGGUAGAACUGAACGGAUCUGGCAAAGCAGGCCGCCAGGGGCUGACGAUAGCCACUCUACGUGCCACACAGGUCUCUUCCAUUCCAGUGGAUCAAGACAAUAAAAAUAAUAAUAGUUUGCUCGUCACGGACCGCGUCAAUGAGUAUUCCGACGAAGAUGAGGAACAGGAAUUCAGCUCCGGUGACGAUAACGACGAAGGUUUAUCGGGAUAUGCCGCAAAACGAAAUUAUGCUGGCAAACGAGAUCCGUACAAAAAAUUUGAUAGAGGAGACAACGAUGGGGAAGGAGACGACGGAAAUCUGCUUCCGUCAAAUCAGGUUGAUAGCGACAGUGAUUUCGAUAAUUUAGGGAAAGUAAAAGGAUCUCGUGCCAAGAUGAGUCGGCAACGAAACUUCAAACAACGUAUUAUUUCACUACUCAAGCGGUUCAAGGUUCCUGAUGAAUUGGAAGGGGAUGCACAGGAACGUGGACCUUCGCUGCGGGGCAAACGAGAUUUGGAUGCACUCUUCCAGGAGCUGGAGUCGCUCUCUUGUGGCGAUCCUGAUGACUCUGGACAGGAUAUGGAUAGCUUGUCCAUCGGUUCUACGCCAAAGCCAUCGCUGCGGCCAUUUUUCGAAAGCGCCAAACCCUCACUGCAGCAUCAGCAGUCAGCCGUUCAGCUGAGUUUUUUACAGAAAAACACUAAAGAUUUUAUCCCAGAAAAGAAAACGAUUUUAGAGAAGCGGGACUCACUUGCCGAAAAGAAAAGCAAUUCCGCAUCAAUUGCCAAUAAUCUUAAUAAUAGUGUGAUCAGCAACAAUAUCAAUAAUAACAAUCAUACUAGCAAUUACAGUAACAGUAUGAGUAACAGCCAAGAACGGUCAGGUGAUUGGAAAAACGAUAGCUCCGGCAAUGAGGGUGGUGCCGGCAACACGGAUCCCGAAGCGCUUUCUUCAGAUCCGCAAAACGCCGGUAGUCCACCGAAGGAAAAGGAAACAACGGCAGUGGAAAAGAAAAAUCGUCUCUUCCGAACCAGCAGCAGCACCCCCAACAGUGCUAAGAAACAGAAGCAAUCUCUCAGUUUUUCCACCGGUGAACAGACGAAACCGUCUCCUCUGGAGACCUGCUUAUCACCGACAAAUGUCGAACCACGGAAGUCGCUAUUGGAUCAGCUUUCGCGUACGUUCACUACCGAAGAAUCGCAGCUGCCAGAUGUGGUUACGAUCGUUGGGCCACCGGAAGCUACCGGCAGUUCCUUUUGCACUCCAAGGCUAGUGUCACUCAUAUCAUCAACCUUUCGGCCAACCUUCUCUCCCAACAACACAGCUGAAGUUAAAGCAAUCACUCAGGCUUUGAUGAAUAAAAUUCAAAAAUAUUGCAACUCAACAGCUAAGCCACCAACAACAGUCAAAGUGUUACUGGUCGGAGGGGAUUGGCUACAAGGAGCUGUUCUACGCCAUUAUGUGGAAUUGUUAGGUAUUCGUCCUCCGGAUUGGGUCAAUCAUAUCAGAUUUUAUAUCGUUCCCCUAGGUUUAUGUGGUGUAGCCAGAUAUCUUAGUUUGAUUGAUCCGAGCUAUUCCACUAUGUUCGGUACGGAAAACUGGCAGCAAAACUGCGAGCGUGCCGCAAAUCUUGAGAGCGCACAAUCAAAGAACGAAUCGGCAGAGAUUAUAAACCGGAUACAGCGAUAUCUGCAUUCGGCUGGACCUUGUACGCAAGUUCCUAUCGCUGAAGCCAUGGUCAACUAUCGAGACGAGGAUUCUUGUCAGAUAUUUGUACCAUUCAUAAGCGAUGUCAGGAUAGGUUGCCUCGAGGGGCCACAACUUUCGUUGGAUUUGGAUGAAUCCAUGACACUUGGUUCUCAGGCAAGCAGCGAUCGAACUCUAUCAAGUUCUCCCCCGCAAAGUGGAAGGGCUUCACCGCCAGCUCCAGUAACGCCGAUAGCACUCACAGCUCAGCCAUCCUCUAGUGCCAAUCAGGAAUCGCUGGAGCUACAGGUUGAUUAUUGGCCACUGGCACGGCCUAUUCUUGAUUUGAAAGAUAAAUCUCUGAGCAAGGGUCAGGACCCUACCGGAAAAAGUAGUAUUAAAAGUACUUUUAGGCACUUACAAGUUUGGAGAUUACCGCUAGCGCCCAACAAUGGCGAAUAUGCCAAUGGCUUGACCUUGAGUUAUGCUACUAAAGAGAAGAAGCAGAAAAGUGUUAUGCGAUUAGGCAAGAAAAAGGAGAAAGAUCGUGAUGCCGAAAAGGAACAAUGCGUUGAAGGCGUCGCUCGAUUGAUUUGCUCACCAAAACAAUCACAUCCAGUUCCUAUGCGAGUGUACAUUGAUGGCACCGAGUGGACCGGGGUCAAGUUCUUCCAGCUCUCGUCCCAGUGGCAGACACAUAUCAAAAAUUUUCCAAUCGCUUUGGUUGGAGCACCGUUAGCUUCAGCUGAAAUGCUAACCUAGUCAGCUUUUUUAUCCGCUGCAGUGGCGGUCGUAGCUCGCCCUACAAUGACGGUGCCGGUUUCACUGUCAUCUGCUGGCCAACUACUGUCUACUGCCGGUAAAUCCGGCAAAACACGCUGCUCCUCUACAUCGUUCACUGUUGCGAGUCGUGCACAAACCAGUGACAGCAAUGGUAGUGGUAGUUCCAAAGCAGCUGCUACUGCUCGGACGACAAUCAGCGGUUCCUCUCGAAUUUUACGACCCCGCAGUUGGGCGGCAGCGAGCCGUUCUCGCUGCGAUUAGAAAGAUCUAUUGGUAGGAAGUACAAUUGUUCUGUUUUGUGUACAUUUACGUACUACGAUAAGGCUCUUAAUCAGUAACCAAUGGAGGUCAAUUAUUUUUGGUUUUGCUCAAAAUUUUGCAAUUAGUUAUACGUUCUGGAUGUCGCUGAAUUUUCGAGGUGUGGUGUGGCAAUUGUUCCAAUAAGCGCUGGGUAACUAUAUGCUCGACUUCAACAGCAUAUUAUUGUUAGCCAUGUCUUGUAGUUGUAUUCAACAGUUAAUGGAAAUUGAUUUAGUUCAUAAAACAAAUAAAAAAUCUCUUGUUCUCAAACUAA